CAAAGGCGGAAUAAAACAAGCAAGGGAGCCGUUUCAAAGUUAUAUCUCGCUUACUACUACUACUACUAUUUACAUUUAAAGCAUUAAAAACAAGCUUCAACAUUGAUCCUGCGGCCUAUAAAUUGUUUGUUUCUGUGGGAUUUGUUUAAAUUACAUGGGUAAAUACGUUGCCGUGAUAUAUUUUACCCACGCACUAGGCAAAAACACCUUUUGAUUCCGUGAUCAACGGCAGUUCUUUCAAGGUUUUGUUUUGGCUGCAAAGCAUCAGAGUUAUGAAGAUUUGUAAAACUUGAGCAAUUCACAGCCAUGGAGACAUGCAAAAAUAAGGUCAGAAGUCCACCAUCCAAGAGAAAUGUUAAUAAAAAAAGUGAUGCCAGCAAAACAAAAAACAAAAGUCCUUCAAAACAUAAGGCCAAAGGUAAUGUGAAGGGUAAUAAGGUCACUGGAAAAGCUUCAGAUAUGGAAAAAGAAAAGAAACUUAAAGAUUUUACUAGUUCAAAGACAGGAACACAAAGUAAAAUUUCAACGACAGAAUCUCUGGUCAUAGAAGAGGUUAGAAAGGAUAUGGGAAGAGAAUAUGUAGAUGAUAAUGAAAAGAUAUACAAGAGCACUAAACAGUGUGAUUCAAGAGUAAAUAUGCAAAAGCAAAGUGCAUUAGGCAAUGCAGAAGGAAUUGAAGAUGAAAUAAAAGAGACUGGUCAAGAGAUGGAAAAGGAUGAUGAGGAUGAUAGCAAGAGUGAAAAGGGUGUUGAUAAUACAAAUGUCCCAGAUAGGGAUGAUGAGGAGAAUGAAAAUUUUGGAGAUUUGUGUGAUGCCAAACUUAAGAAGGAUGAAGCAUCCAACACUCUGAAGAGGAAAUUUAAAGGUAAAUUGGGAAGUAUACCAAAGAAAACCAGAAAUACAGGUAGUGAAAUUAACAAAAUGAUGGGAGAAGUGAAGGGAACUUCUUUACUUCCAGUAGACUCACCCAUGGUAUCACAUACCCCACAAAAGGAAGCAUCAAAGCAAAAACUUAAAAGAAAAAGAACAGGUUUGAAAAAGUGUAUAAAGGAGAUGACAGGUAUUUCUAAUUCUGACUCAAGUGUUGUGAAAGAAAAAGACUAUUUUAAAGAGAAAAAGGUAAAAGACCACUUUUCCCCCAAAAAAAGGAAUCAGAAUGUUUCAGCAGAUAAUUUGACAUCCCUCUUGAAAAAUAAUAUUGAAGUUACUGAAAGUGAAUCAGAUGAUUCUCACCAAGAUUUCUCCACUGAAGGCCUAUUAGAAGAACUUCAUUUUCUUAAUGCAAGUUGUGAGAAACCAUCCUUUUCCAAGACAUUGUCAUCUCAGAGUUGCAAGACCCCCAAGAAGCAGAAAAAGUCAAAAGUCAAAGGCUUUGAAGUUUAUAGAUCAUCCACACCCACUGAUAAGAGGAGUAAGAAGUUAAAUCUUGUGAAGAAAUGCAAGGAUGAAGCUGAAAAUAAUUGGAGCAGUGUGAAGGUGGAUGAAGCAGGAAGCCCCAUUUCAGAAAUCAAAACACAAAUAAGAUCAGAAGAAGACGACUCUGAAGAUUCUGAUGAAGGAAGUCUCCAUAUUGUUGCUGAUGAUGAAAAUCCUAUUAAGAGGAAGGCAUCCUGUCAGGGCAAGCAAAGGAGGAAAAUACAGUCCAUGGAUUCGGGACUUGUUCCUCAAGAGGUGAUUGAAUUAAUACAAUCUGGUAUUGAUGAAGUAUUAGAAGAGAAAGCAGAAAGAACACAUCUCACAGCUAUUCAUGUGAAAAACAUUAUUAAGAAUGUGAUGACUGAUGAAAAUGUCCUUGCAAUGGUACGUAACACAGUCUUAGGGAUCAACACAACUGCUACAGUAUCUUCAGCUGUAUAUGAACCAACCCUCACAAGGGCAAAAACAAAGGAGAUUAUACAGCAGCAGGCAGAAGGUUCUGGCCAUCGAAGCAUUUGGGCAGAACUGUCCAAGACUACCACCACUGCUAGUACAAGUUUAAAUCCAGAGACAAGAGCUUUAGUUACUACUGACUUUCCAGAGGAAGACGAAGAUGAGGAAUAUACUCCAGAAAAUGAUGAGCAUAUACUCAGUGAUGAUGAAAGUUUGGUUUCAACAAAUAUUUGUAGCACCAUUGGAUCUCCUGCAACUCCAUAUACACCUACAACACCAUUGUCAAGUUGUACAUCAUGCACUCAGUUUUCAACUGGCACACCUUGUACUGUCAGUGAUGCAGAUAGUCCUGUGCAGCUUUUGGACAAACGGUUACAGGAACUGAAGCCAAAAAGUGCUCAAAGAGUGCUAAAUUUUGAGCAACCAUUGAAACAUGAGGAAUUAGUAAGUCAACGGACACGGUCAAAACUUCCAUUGACAGAAACUCCCCUGGAAUGCCUUGAAAUGGCCUUUAAACCUCCUGAUGUUACUAAUGACAUGUACGAAACAGAAGUUUUGGAUGAUGAUUGGAAAACUUUUCUUAUAGAUUUUAUCCAUCCUCUUGAAAGUACUGAAGUUGCUGAAGACGAGGAAGCAGAUCCUGAGUACAACAUCUUAGAAGAUAAAGAAGACGCAAGUGAUUUGAGGGAAGAAAUGCGUGGGGAUCGUGCUGUGCAGAUCUCAAAAAAAGAAAUAAAUGAUCUUUUAACAGAACUUCUCGGUACAUUGGAUAGUGAUGAAGAGUCAGCAGAGCCAGUGAGGAAGCAUCUUUCACAACAUAUGAAUGCUGGUAGUAUUCAGAAGAGAAAGCCUUCUCAGCUGAAGAACACUGAAUCCCAGAAGAAUGCUCCAGUCAAACAAGAAGUAGGUCCACCAUCAAACGUCAUAUGGGUUGAAGUUCUGACUGCCAAGUUUACACCUUACCAGUUUGAUGUUCUCCGGCAACAGAUGUCACAGCAUGUUCAGUUAUUGGCUACAACAGUGUUACUAAGUGAUGAAUUGACUGAAAAUACUGUUGCAGAUUCAGCCAGACAAUUGUUGGAAGAAAUGAAGACCAAUAGCUCUGUCAGUGAGCACAAAAAUACAUUUUUUCAUCCCUUUAACCUUGAUGCCACUCUUAGCAUGGUACAGCUGUUUGAUAAAAGUAAAACUGAAGGGAACACGCCAAAAUCAGAAACAAAAAAGAGCACUGUAGAAUUAACGCCACGGGUAGUAGAAGCUAUCUUGAAUUCAACAGCUUUUCCAUACCCAAAUUUAUUACCUAAACGAAUGUUUAGUGACUCUACGAAAAAUAAGACCAUAUUUGUACCAGGGGAAGACAUGCUAGUUGUGAUGGCUAUGCUUAAUUAUCUGAUACCCAAAAGUGAACCAGGAAAGGUCAUAAAGCUUCCUCCUCAGCUUUCUAAAGUAUUAAAGGAAUCUUUAAAAGAUAGGGUUUUGCACAAGACUGCCAAGCAAAUACAAUCUAGAAUCAAGAAUGUGCGGCAGAACUUGAAAGAGCAUCUUGCAAAUCAAAAUCCUCUUGCGAUGUUCAUUGAUUCUGGAAAGGUAGAUCUUCCUGUUGCCGUGUUAGAACCUCAUUUGCCAAGUGUUCCGUGCCUUGUGAAAGACAUGCCAGAAAAGCUGUUGCCAGAGCCGUGGCAGAAGAUUCUGAAAUCAAGAAGACAAACUGAAUCUCGGAAGUUAAGAAUAAAUACAGAAAAUUUGAGGAUUCAAAACAGUACCGUUAGUGCAGACAGCCCAACCCUCCACUUCUAAAGGUCAAUCACAGGAAGAAAAAUGGUCAAAAUUCAGCCAAAGAGCUGUGCACAAGUUCUGGUACCAUCAGCCUAUACUCCAAUUGCGUUACAUCCACCCAUAUCAUUUGCUUAUAGUGGCCCAGGAAUAGCUGUUUUACCUCCAGUAACAACCAUUACAACCUUACCUGUGCAGAGCUCAUUAGCUGUACCUUUAUCUAUUACAAAACCAGUUACAAGCACUCCAUCAUAUGUAGUAUCAUUUACAAUGCCAUCUGUAUCACAGCGUGGAGAGAACCUGAUGCUCCUGUCACAAUCCAGAACCCUGAGAACCCUGUUUCAUGUGAUUCAGUCAGUGAUAAGAUUUCAUACUAUUUCACAAGAGGAAAAUUCUGGUACCAAUGCAGCUGAUCUGAAGACUACAGUUGCGAAAUCUUAUUCUGAACUUCCAAGUGAUAUAUCAAGUGCAGGUGAACUUAUAUCAGAUCAUUCUAAUGAAAGUGAUACUCUUUUGUCUAAGAAAAUGAGUUUAGGAGAAAGUCAUCAUUACCCUCUUGAAACACCACAUAAAUCACCUUGUUUAUCAUUGCAAGAUAUACCAACUCCAAUUUGUCAUAUGCCAUCACUUUUGAGUACACCUGAAAAAUCGAAUUCAAGUCCUGCUAAUGACAAUAAAUCGUGUAUUUCAGCAAAGUAUAAUUUAUGUUGGGAGAGGAAAGGCAAUCAAAAUGAAACAAAUAAUGGUUCAGAAUCAGUAGGGUUAGCCUGCAGCCACCCAGAAAAUUUUACAGGUAAAAAUGAAAAAGAAAGUAACCCCAAGAGAAAUGUGACUAACCCAGAAUAUGCAAGUAAUGCUUUAUCAAAGGAAUACAAAGAGGCUUCCACUGAGAAAACAGGCAAACCUGAAUCUUCUUUGGAUAGUCAAGGCCCACUGCAUGGUACAAGUGCUACAAUGGUCACUUCUAUUUAUCAAAGUCCAAUUCCGUCAUCUGGUAUUGGUGGGAUAGAGAACAUACGACUUAUAAUGAAUGUAUCUCCUCAAAAAACCUACACACCAUAUCGUAAGAUUUCUCCUGCAAAGAUUUUGAGGUCACCAAUUAAGACAUCUCCCAUGAAGAAGGUAUCUCCUAUUCUAAGAAAGUAUGGAUAUCGUAGUAAAAUACGCCCCAGCAGUAAAAAACUUUCACCAAUCCUUCCCAAAUUAACUCCUCAGAAACCUCAGCGAAUUAAGUCUCCAGCACAAAGAAGGUUAACACCAAAAAUUCCAAAGGAGGACUCACCAAAACCAGAAUCGCAAAACUAUGGUGCAAAUAAAAGCAAUAAUAUAGAUCAACUUCCUCAAGUGGAAGAAGAAUUGCCAUUGGUUAAUGAAGCAUCUAGCAAUUCAAGUCAUCUCAAGUCAUCAGUACCCCAUUUAGAAGAGGAAUUUGAAGAAGAUGAUUUAGAGGAAGAGGAGGAUGAAGAAGAGGAGGAGGACUCAGAAGCAGCACAACAACGUGAGGAACAUUUAGCUGCCCUUUUAAAAGCCUCAUCUACAAUAGCUGGGAAAAAGGGUGAUAAAUUGAGUGGAGGUGAUAUAGGACCUGCAGAGAGAAGACUUAAUAAACAGCAAAGAAGACUUCAAGCUAGAAUUACUGCAUUGUCUAUAGUACAAGAUUCUUUCUCAAAGGAUUUAUCUAUGGCUCAAAGUUACUUGAUGCGAGUUCGAGAAGCUCUGACAGGAAGAGAUCCAGCAUUGUAUAAGAAGUUCCUCUGCAUCCUUAAUGAGUUUACAGAAAAUGCUAGUGAUUCUCCUGUUGAACUUUACGGUCACUUGUGCGAAGUCUUGAAAGACUUUCCGCAACUGAAAGAUGAAUUUGUCUCAUUUCUACUACCUCAACAAGCUAUAGCUAUUGGGAAAUAUGCCCAAUAUUGUGCUAUUCAUAGGAUGAAAGAUUUCUUAGAUAAGCUCAAGUUACAGUUUUGGAACCAGCCACAACGCAUCCAAAAAAUUGUCAGGGCUCUUCAGUCACUGCAGAAUAAUACAGAAAUUAAUGUGGAGAAAGUGAAGGCUUCUAUAUGUCCUCUACUACGGUAUCCUCAUUUAGUAGAGAGUUUUACCCAGUGUUUUGCUUCUCAGCCUCCUCCUCCAAGUCUUUCAAGUGAUUUUGAAGAUAUAUCUUUAGAAAAGUCUCACACCCCAGACAGUGUAGAAAAUUUAACACUACCUGAUGAUGACACAGUUACUUCUCCUGACCACUGUGGCUGCCCUUGUCAUGUGCCAGCCACUGGUUCAUCUUUAAAUACAACACGCAGUGACCACUGUCAGUCUUGUGCCAUAAGAUUUUCAGAAGGUCGAGUUUACCUCCAGUAUGGCAAAACACUUCGUCCAGCAAAGGUUACUUUUCACUCUUUGGAUGGAAACAGUAGAGAUUCAGUUGAUUUCAAUGAUGGAUGUGAAAUAUCAGGUAAAGGCAAAGGUACUGGGUCAAAAAAAGCAUCACAACCAAAGGACUCUGGCGAAAGUGGUUUUGUGAGAAACAAAGAAAACAUGAAUACCAUAAAUCUUGAAAGCCAUACUUCAAGUUAUGUUGAGCAUAAAGGUCCACCUUAUUUAGGAGAGAAGGUAACUAAAGAUGAGUUGCCUAAUCCGUUUGGCAAACAGAAAGAGAGUGCUACUGGCCGAGUCAGUCUACCAAAGAAAAGUUUGUCUUCCAGAUAUGAAGAAAAAGGAGAUAAUGUAGAUGAUGAUGUGAUUAGUGACUCACAGCAGACACCAAGUACAUCUAGUUUUAGUGUAAAAGCAAGAAGUACCAUGAAUGUGGACUCUGAUGUAAAUUUGAAAACCCGUAGAAAGCCUGGAGCAGUGAAUUCACCAUCUAAAGAUACUCAUGGCAAUGAUUCUUUUCAGUCUUCAAGUAUUAAAAACAAAAGUUCAAGUGUCUUUUCCUCAGGUUUGCAUUUACCCGUGCAAAGUUCUCUGGGUGAAGUUUCAAGAUCUGAUUCUUUGCAAGACAGCUCAGCUUUAGGAAAAAAACCCAAAGAAACUACAGUUUUGACUUCUUCAGGACAUAGGAAAGAUAUUCCUAACAUAAUCCAGAAAAUUGUUGAGUCAAAAAAUACAGAUGAUUUGGCUGCCAGUGAUAUUGAUAAUGUUCCAAACAGAAGUAAGAAAAGUACUGAAGAUGGGAAAGAGAGGUGCACAUUUAAUACUCUGUCUGAAAAAUAUAAUGCUCCGAAUAUACUCCAAGCCUCAGAUGCAAGUAUUUGGACACAAGAAGAAGAUAGACUUUUGCUGAUGGUGCUUCAGAAGAAAGGGUCCAUUGAGCCUGCAGUACAAGAAAUUAUGAGAAUCAUCCCAAGCAGAACACAUGAUGAGGUGGUAGAGCACUUCAACAUUUUAUUAGGACAGAAGAUGGAAGAAUCUGACAUGGAGGAUAUUGUGUUAAGUAGCGAAGAUGAUAGUACAAAAGACUAGUAUUUUUGUGAAUGCUACUAUGAUUUUUGAAACACAUGGUGCUAGCACUACAAAAGUGACAUUUUGUUGAAAAUACUUUAGUGUAAUGUAUAUAUUUAGUAGAGCCCUUUGAGUUACAGCAUUAUUUACAGAAGCUAGCUUACUGUUUGUUGAUUGCUGGCUACCACUAAUCUCUUAUUUAUAGUAACAUUCAGUUGUGUACCAGUUUCUGAAUUUAUGGAUAUUUUCCUAGAUUAUGAAUUAUUCAACAAGUUGAAUUCUUAAACUCAUGUUCAUGGAAUAUGUAUUCUCUUAAAAGAACUUUUCAUACAGUAUUUUUGUCAAAGUUUUUAUCUUUAUUUUAUAAAGUAAUUUGUUAUAAAAUGUACAUUUUGAGAAUUAAAGUGCUUUAUGCUAUGAUAAAUAAAGAAAAUUUUAGAUUUUUUAGAACAAGAUAUAUGUAAUGUUUAAGAAAGAUGGUGGUUUGUUAGCGAAAAAUGUGGUAUAAAGAAAACAGAUAAUAACAUAAAGUUUUUUGUUAAGUAAAGAUUACAUAAAUACCCCAGUAAGUACCUGUAUUAUUUACUUUAGUUAUAAUGUACAAUAUUACAAAUAUAUAUUGUUUCUUGA